UGUUGUUUUUAUUAUUAUUGACAGGCUGGUACCCACGCGUCAUACAUCCACUAUGACUUAAAGUACACCCUGAGGCUGUGUGCUGAACAUGGUUACCUCCAGGCCUGCGUUCUGGUCUAUAAGAUCAUGGAGCUGUAUGAGGAAGCUGUCGAUCUGGCCUUGCAAGUGGAUGUGGACCUGGCCAAGUCAUGUGCUGACCUGCCUGAGGAUGAUGAGGGAGUUGAGGAAGAAGUUGUGGCUGAAGAUCGCUCGUCAUGUGGUGCAAGAGGAGAAGGAUGUGAAGAAGGCCAUGAACUGUCUGUCCAGCUGUAACCUGCUCAAGAUCGAAGACAUCCUGCCCUUCUUCCCGGACUUCGUCACCAUAGACCACUUCAAGGAGGCUAUCUGCAGCUCUUUAGAGGAGUACAACCAGCAUAUAGACGAGCUGAAGCAGGAGAUGGAGGAGGCGACGGAGAGCGCCAAGCGGAUCAGAGAGGACAUCCAGGAGAUGAGGAACAAGUACGGGGUGGUGGAGAACCAGGAGAAAUGUGCUGCCUGCGACUUCCCCCUCCUCAACAGACCCUUCUAUCUGUUCCUCUGUGGUCACAUGUUCCACUACGACUGCCUCUUCCUGGAGGUGACCCCUCACCUGUCCACCCUACAAGCAGACUAAACUAGGUGAGCUGCAGAAGAAGUUGGCUGCAGCCACUCAGACCUCAAG